AGUUUUCUUAGCGAGCCGAUAGCUGACGCUGAGAGCAGUUAGCAUGUAGCUUAGCUGACUUCCUGUCGGGCUGUUAGCAGUUAGCUCAGAGUUUUAGCAGAAUAUUAAUGAGUUUUAGUUGGUGAAGGCAGCUUGUGCCUGUCACGCUGUUAAAGUGCAGCUUUGCUUUAAUGUCUGACUGACCGCCGAUCAGCUGACCGUCAGCUCGCUCAGGUGAGCCGCAGCUGCACCUGCACGGCAGGCAGCAGAGCAGAUCACCUGUCACAAAGUUAGCACAUGAUCAAUAAACUCCGGGGAGGCGCGUUCAUACGAGACAGCUACAAGGAAAUAAAGUCUUAAAGUUUUAUAGUUUAACUGCUGUGUCCACAAGGAAAUGAGACUUUUAACCGUUAAAUUAGUAUAAAGUUGUUACCGGAGGAGUCCUGUGUGACACCUGGACCAUUGGGACAGGUGUGUGACCUGUGUUGACCUCAGCGGGCGUUGCCGUGGGCGAUGGCUCUGAUUGAAGGUGUAGGAGACGAGGUGACGGUGCUGUUCGGCUGUCUGCUGCUCCUCCUGGUGAUGCUGCUCGCCUGGAUCUCCACCCGCACCUCCGAGCCCCCAGAACACCUGUUCGCCUCCACCGCAGGCCCCGCCCCCUCACUGAGCAGCCCCGCCCACCAUGACGCACCCCCCUCCUCAACCAACAACACUUCAUCAUCAUCCUCCUCCCCCUCCAGCUCUGUGAGUGACAGUUCUUUGACUGAGGCUCCGCCCACCAACACCUCCACCCAGGAGGAGAAAGAGGAGGGGGAGGGGGGGAGGAGGGGGGAGGCGGGAGGAGGAGAUGGUGUGAGGAGCAGAGGAGGAGAAGCAGGAGGAGAAGGAGAGUCUUCGUCCUCUCAGAGGAACAUGGUGCUCCGACUGAAGUUUCUCAACGACACAGAGAGAACAGCUCAAGUCAAACCACAGGACACCAUCGGAUACAUCAAACGGACCUACUUUGCGGGCCAGGAGCAGCAGGUCCGGUUGAUCUAUCAGGGUCAGCUGCUGCAGGACGACGCUCAGACUCUGGCAUCUCUGAACCUGGUCCAUAACUGCGUCCUGCACUGUCACAUCUCUCAGCACGCCGGCCAGGGGGGCGCCGGGGGGCCGCGGCCCGCCGACCAGGUGCAGGUGGCUCUGAACGUGGGCAGCCUGAUGGUCCCCCUUCUGGUCCUCAUGCUGUCGGUGCUGUGGUACUGUCAGAUCCAGUACCGGCAGUUCUUCACCGCCCCGGCCACCGCCUCGCUGGUCGGAGUCACCAUCUUCCUCAGCCUGGUGGCCUUCGGAGUCUACCGCCGCUAGCUGCGCUCUGAUUGGCUGCUGCCUCUGUCUGUGUGGUGAUGUCAGCAGCCGGGGCGGAGCUCUCUCUGUGACCUCUGACCUCCGAGCUGGCCGGGACUCGGACUUGCGGGACGAAACGGACGCAGAUAGUUAAAGUUUGUUUGUUGCCAUGGAGACACUGAGUGUUAACGAGGACUUUCAUUUUUUUUUUUUAGAUCACAUUUCUCUGUAGGUUUCUCAUCAUCGUGCCUCUUUUACUUUCUGGUCUCUGGUUUGUUCUGGUCCUGAAGGGGGUCGGUGUCAGACCAGCACCGGACUGUAGACCGGACGUGUCUCUGUCUGUCUGUGUGAGCAGGAGAGGAAAGUGUAAAUUACAUACAGCUUUUCAAGAGAAAGAAAUUCUAUUAAAUCAUUUAUUUAU